AUGUAAAAUAUACUUGUACAAGAUUAUAUAGUGUAAAAUAAUUUUAAUCUUUUUAGUUUAGUUAAUGGCUAUAAACUAUAGCUAAAGCAUUCUUAUAGUUUCCAAUAUAUUUUGUAUGUAUUUCAGCAUUUGUAUUUGUUAAAUUAAACUAUUUGUAAGUAAGUAUCUCAUAUAUCAUAAUUUAAGAAUAUUAAAAUCAUUCAUUAAAAUAUUGUUUCAAGGUUGUUAUUAAUUUAGGUUAUCUAUAUUAAAAAUUAGUUUACAAAAUGGAAAAUAGGCCUUUAACAAAUCGUUUUUUAGCAAUAUCAAUAUAAUAAUUAGAGACUACUAUAAAUGCUCCUCUUGCUAUAAGAGCAAUCGUAGACACAAAGGAAUAAGUAUUAUCAAAACUGCAAAUUAUCUAUUUUCAAAUAGCAUGAUUAUUGUGUAAUAUAUGAAUAUUUAAUUUUAAAAUCUUAAUAAAAGGGUGAAGUUUCAUAUAACAAAGCAAGAAAUUUAACUAAUCCUAUAGAACUUAAGCUAAAACCAAUAUAAAAUAGUAGUAUUGAAUAAAAGCUUUCAAUUAUUUUAUUUGAAGAUGAAGUUGAAAAUGCAGAACAGUAACAAAUUUUUGGAUAGUAUUAAGUAGAAUUAAGUUAUAUAACAAGAUCUCUAUUGAAUUUGGGGACUAAUGGUUAUUUUAGUCUCCCUAUUUAAUUUGUAAAUGAGUAGUAGUAAAAAGUUGCAAGUUGUUGGCUAAAUCUUUAGAUUAAAAAUAGAAAUUUUGAUUUUACUAUAGAAGAGAAUAAUCAAAAUGUAGUUUUGUUACCUUAACAUGAUCCUUUAUUUAAUUUUGCUUGGAGAUUAAGAGUUGAUGUCAGACAAAUAACUGAUUUACCAGCUAAUACAAGUGCUUAUGUUGAAUGUAAUUGGACUAUGUCUGAUAAUUCAAACUAUGACCCUAACUUGAAAGAAGCUUUCUAUGAAGUAUAUAGAACACAAAUAAAAGACAAUUAAACUCAUCCUCUAUAUAAUACACAAUUUUUAAUGAAUAACCCUUUUUAUAAAUUUGGGGCAGAACCUUUUACUACAGUGCAAGGGUAUUUGGCUUUUAAAAUAAAAGACUCCUCUCAUAAAAUAAUAGAUGAAGUUUUUUUCCCUCUAUAAUCAUUAAAACCGUUUAUUCCCUUAAACAUCGAAUUGCAAAGUGUUAAAAAGGAAUUCAAAGUCAAGCCAAAAUAUUAUUUAUCUCUUACUCUUGAAUAGCAGCCAAAGGAUGGAUAAGGACUUUGUGAUAUUAUUAUACAUAAUUUUGAUUUAAGUGGAAAUCCUGCUAAUGACACCAAUCUUCAAAUUAUGUUAACUAACUAAGCCUACAUCCCCAAACAACCUACUUACACUAACAUGGAAAUAUAGCCUGCAGGAAAAAUAUCUAAAUUAUUAGAAAAAGCUGCUAAACCUAAGGAAAUGUAGUUUUUAGGACAUGUAAAUAGCAUAUAACCUAUUUAGGCUGAUUAAUUUUAUGGUGCCAUAGCUGUGUUUACAUUUCCUGUUUCUUAAAUAAAUACCAAAAUUAAUAUUUUUGCACUCAGUACUGACCCUAAAAUUAAGCAAACUCAUAAACUAUGCAAUACAAUAAUUGGAUAAACAGAGGCUAUAGUAGAUUCUGUCCUAUAAAAACUGAAAACCUCAGAAUCAAUAGAAUCGUAGAAAAUCAAUAUUAAAUGGAAUAAAAGUUCAAAAUUAUUUGACUCAUUUAGCAAACUUACAGGAUAACUUGAUAUCGGAGUUCUAAGUCAAAAGGAUGCAUAAAAUGUGGUUCCAAGAGAAAAAACACCUGUACCAAGUGAACCCAGUUUUCAUCAAUCCUAAGUUUAAUUAUCUGAAAAAGAAUUAAGUUAAAAUGAUCAAUAAGAUGAAAUACAAAAGAGCCAACAAUCCUUAAAAUCUUAGUCAUACAUUAGUUAACUCGAUAAAAGAAUUAGUUUAACUGAUAGAUCCUUUAAAGAUAGUGACAUAACUGAGUCUUAAUUAGGAGAAGAUGUUAUAUUUAUGAAUGAAAUAGAGAAGUGGAAAUUACUUUCAAGAGAAUUAGCUUAAAGAUAAGAAAUUUUGCACAGAAUGAAUAAAGACAUAGAAGAUAAAACAGAUAGUCUAAAGCAAACAGGUGAAGAAAUUACUGAUUUAAGGAAGAAAAUCAAAGUAUUAAAAAACGAAAAUGAUUUACUUAUGAAAAGAUUAAACUCUGAAGUUGAAAUAGAAUAGAAAACCAAGCUUAAUCCAGAAUUAAGAAAAAUGAAACCUGAGCUAUUGCAAUAAAAUAUAAUAAAGGUUGCAACAGCUUACAGAGAUGAAAAGUUAAAAAAUGAAGAAUUUGAUAAAUAGAUAAAAGAAGCUUAUUCUUAGAUAAUUAAAGCUAAACAUUCUUAAGAAGAAUUGGAACAUCUAUUAAAAGUUAGAUUGUAAGGAGCUCAUAAAUUAACUGAUUUAAAAGAUAUUAUUUCCAAAGCACCAAUGUAUAGAGAAACUAUAGAAAAAUAAGAAAAAAUUAUACUUAAAUUAGAGUAAGCUAUGGAAACUACAAUGAAAGGUUCUGAAUAAAUUAAAUAAAUGGAAAAGGAAUUCAAUAAGCUGAAGGAUGAGUGUGAAAGCUUAUAAGAAAAUUUGAGAAAUAAAGUAUUUGAUAAGCAAACAUCAGAGCUUUAGAGAGUUAAAAGGGAGUGCGAAAAAUUAGAAUCAAUAAACAAAGAGCUCUUGGUGCAACUUUCUUAAAAAUAAAGGCCUUCCUCUACAGAUAAUAUUGAUCUAUAUAGUGAAUAAUUAGAGCUUGAGGCAAAAUUAUAUAACAUUUCAAGCAGGGUAGAGGCAUUCCAAGAAGAAUUAAACAGAAAUGCACAAGAACAUUCAAAAGAGUUAUCACAAUUAAAAACAGAGAUUGCUAAAAAAUAGGCUAUUAUAAAUUCUAAUUAAUCUCCAUACUAUUGA